GACAGUUGCAGUUAAACUUCGGGCUCAUUAAGACGUCUAAAAAUAAUUUGUAGCGGAAAAGUCGAAAAAAGCGACCAGAACCCAUAAUACAUACUUUAAUCAAACACUACUAAUAGAGUUCAUGUAUGUAGUAUGUAGCGGAGCAGAGAGAGAGAGAGUUGAUUUUGUAGAGAGACGUAUAGUAUAUGCAUGGUUUAGAAAAAUAGCAUAGUGUAUGUUUGUAUGUGUAUAGAAAAAAAAAAAGAAAAAGAAAAAAAGAAAUCAGAAAAUAGAAAAAAAAAAAUAAAAAUAAAAAUAAAUAAAUAAGAAUUCAAGUAAUUUUAUAUAAUGUUAGUAAAGUUAGGGAAAAAGAAGUUAAGAUUAUAGUAAAAAUUAUUCAACAGUAAAAUUCUUAAAUAAGUUAAUGCUCGAUGUAAAGCACAAUAAAUAAAAUAUGACUCAACUCGGAAAUGAAAGGAAUUGAUUUGUAAGCAAUAAACGGAUAUCGGAACUAUACUCCAUUUUCCCUACAAAAUGCACAAAUUCUAAAUGGAGAACAAUUGAGUUGUUACAGCUUUACUUAACAACCAAUACAGCAAUGAAUUAAGAAGACCGCAUCUACUUAAAUGUGUACAUACUUUAAGUUUCAUUGUCCAUCCAUUCAUCCAUCACGCAAAGUGCUUUGAAGAAUUGUACAAGUUUAUACGUAGUUAAUAGACAGACGCCUGUCUGUGAGUGCUCUUUAUUUAAAUAAUUAUGGCUGAACAACAAAAGCUUUCUUUGUGCCCACGAUUGGUUGAUUAUUUGGCGAUAGUGGGUACUAGAAAUGCGCCCUGUCUUCCCAAAGGCUUAACGGGUAAUAAAACACCACCAGUACAGAUUCCUGAGCUUUUACGACGGUAUCCACCCUCAAAUCAUGUUGAUUUUCCAUUACCUUUGGAUAUGGUGUACUUUUGUCAACCAGAAGGUUGCAUUAGUGUCGGACCUAGACGUACCGGUUCUGCUAUACGUGACAUGAGCUCAUUUGUCUUCGCUUUGACCGAUAAAGAUUCGGGGAAAACGCGCUAUGGUAUUUGUGUAAAUUUUUAUCGACCUAUUGAACGGUUCGCUCCUGGUAAUGAAAAAAUUAGCACCCCGAUGAUAAGUACACAGACUGCACGAGGUAGACGUAAUUCGGCAUUUCGUAGAGAAUCGUGGCGUAAAAGUAUAGAAAAAAGUUCCGAUUCAGCGUUCAGUAGGCAAGUAGUUAAAGUUAUUUCCUUUAAUUGCUUCUUCUUUUUCGAUUAUGAACAUCAAUGCACAAUUUGUCAUGCAAAAGCUCAGUAUAAUUCUUUUAAUAGUUACGGUCUUCUAAAUUCUUCUAGCGACUAUAGAAGUAAUGUGGCGCCCAGUGAUUCGGAUCGUGAAUUAACUUCAAGACGAGAUUCGGAUACUCCGCAUCAUGUGCAGCAUAAGGUACAUCAAGGCUAUAUGCAGUCAGCUCCAACAUUAGGCUUAAUGGCUCCGUCGGGCGAUUCAGAAUCAGGUGGCAGUCAUUCACCAUCGCCGCGUGCUUCACGCAAACGCAUGAAACUGAGAAAUCAAUCUUUAACCUCCUUAUGUAUCAUAUCGCAUCAUCCCUUUUUCACGACUUUUCGCGAAUGUUUAUUUAUUCUGAAGAAACUAAUUGACGCCUGUAACGAAUCAUCUUCACCGAAGCGAGUGGGUUCUUCGCAGAAAUUCACACGUGAUAAUGUAUGGACGGUAUUGGCCGGGCAAGCAACUGAGACAACUUCUUCCAUCGUAUUGCAUGAUGUAAGAGAAAUUGAAACCUGGAUAUUACGUUUGUUGUCAACGCCAGUGCCAGUGCCGGGAUCGACAAGAAUAGAGGUUGAAGUUUUAUCACCCACUGUACAUGAACCUUUGCUCUUUGCUUUACCUGAUCAUACUCGCUUCUCGUUGGUUGAUUUUCCUUUACAUUUGCCUUUGGAAUUGUUGGGUGUCGAUACCUGUUUAAAAGUUUGGACAUUAAUUAUGCUAGAGAAUAAGGUACUAUUUCAGUCUCGCGAUUAUAAUGCGCUAUCCAUGUCGGUAAUGGCUUUUGUUACUAUGCUGUAUCCAUUGGAGUACAUGUUUCCUGUCAUACCAUUGUUACCAACAUGUUUAAGUUGCGCCGAACAAUUGCUUUUAGCUCCCACACCAUUUGUUAUAGGUGUACCCGCAACAUUUUUGCUUUAUAAAAAGAACUUCAGAUUACCGGAUGAUAUUUGGGUUAUAGAUUUGGAUUCUACCAAAUUAACCCCACCUUCAGGAGGUUACGACGAAAUCCCAGCUUUACCAGAACCCGAAGGCACAAUAUUAAAAAAUCAUUUGAAACAGGCUAUGCAACUCAUGGAUGAAGCUGGACUUGGUGCUUUAAGCUCAAUGACUGCUAAUACACAGGCCGUAUCUACGCAGCAAUUAAUGCCUUCAGUGCGUGAUAGCCUUAUCGAACCGACAAUUUUGGGAGUAUCUCAAGCUCGUUUACCUUUGCAAUCACCUUCGCAUUCAGCUCAGGUUAGCCAAAGGAAUUCUAUAUCAACACAGGGAGCAUUAUCUCGUCAACCGAGCCCCAUGGGCUCGCCUGCCUUAAAUCCUUUUAUUUAUGGUACUGAUAUUGAUUCCGUAGAUGUGGCCACACGGGUAGCAAUGGUUCGAUUCUUUAAUUCGCAAAACACGUUAGCUAAUUUUGCCGAGCAUACACGCACCUUGCGUUUAUAUCCCCGUCCGGUGGUAGCCUUUCAGAUCAAUAGUUUCCUGAGAUCGCGGCCUCGCUCUACACAGUUCCUAAACCAAUUUGCUAAAACUCAGGCGGUCGAAUUUUUGGCCGAGUGGUCUCUCACACCGACCAACGUGGCCUUUUUAAGAGUACAAACUGGUGUCAUGGAUCCCUUGCAAGUCGGCGAUAAACCGAAAUGGUUUGCUCACGCGUUAACACCGAUCCGUUUCUCGGUAUGGGACGAUGGUAGUUCUUUAAAUGGUGCAUUACGUUCUCUCAAGCAAUUGGAAAAUGUCGCUACCGAUGAAAGCGGUUCCGAUUCGGAAGCUGCAGACAGUUCCAGCUCAUCGUAUUCCUCGCUUAGUGAUUUUGUAUCGGAAAUGGUUUCAUCAGACCUUUCUCCUAGUUUGCAUGACGUUUUUGGCUCCCACAAUCGCCCCCAUAAUGUUCCUCAAACAAUGUCUUCAAAUUUAGAUCCUGCUUUAGUAUAUCAUCCACCGAGCAAAUUACAAUAUCCAGCUGGUAUGAUACAGCAAUUGUCUUCCAAAGAAGAAGAUGAAGAUGAAAGACCUGAAAGUCCAAUGUCCUCCUCAUCCAGCCGUUCAGAUCUCAGUUCGCCUAGUUUUAAUCGCGAUUCUGAAUUUGAAUUUCCUUCAAAAUCAUUUGAACUGGCUACGCCGGUAGCCCAACGCUUAGAAGCCACAAUCAAGGCAGCUAGUAUAGAGCAAGAAUCUGAAACCAAUUCAAAUAUAACUGUUAAAACUGCGACCAGUGCAAAAAAAUCGAAAAAUGUUAAUGACUUGGAGCGAGCAGUUGCCGAUAAAAAGAUCGCAAUAACUGCAAAUAAACAGCCGGGUGUCACCAAUAUCCUGGCACGUACUGGUAGUUCGGGAUCCAGCUCCAGUAGCCCCGGGCGACAAAGCUCUCAAAGCUCAUUAUUCGAGAAUAUUGCCUCACAUGCAAAAGACUUAGUACGCGAAACUACUCGUCAAAGCAGUCAAGAAGGCAUUUUAGCGCAAGUGGAUAAGCUUACGUUGCACGCAAAAAAAGCAGCCGGAGAAGCAUCAAAACAAGCGUUAGAAGUAUCGAAGCAAGCAGCCGGUGUUAGUAAAAACACUUUUGAAGAUCUAAGUUAUGUAAGCAAGUCAACGUUAGGUGAUCUCACUAAAACAGCCAAAGAGGCGGCCACGAAAAAGGGUCUUAUUAAAACGGAAGACAAAUCCGCCUCAAGUGGUAACCAAUUGGCGACACAAAAACAAAUGCAAAGCAGCGGAGGAGCAGCAAAUUUCUUUUCAAACAUUGGUAGCGAUUUUAAUGGCUUAGCUAGCACAACAACCAAUAUGUUUUCAGGAAUGUUUGGUGGUGGCAAAAAGAAUCAAUCAAAUAAAUCUCCACAACAGGCAACAAACCCGUCGCAAAUUAUGGGCCAAAAAUCGAAAAGCGGUUUCGAUCCUUUUCCAAAUCGUAAAGGCCUGGUAGAGCGUACACCAUUGAUAAAACAUGCCGGUCCCCACAAAACUCAAGAAGACAUAGCCCGACAACAAAAUCAGGAACGAUCGCAUACAAACGCUGAAAAUCAAGCAUAUUUAAAAGACGUCAUCAAUCAUGUAUUAGCUGGAGAGGGAAUCGGUUGGUUGAAAAUGAAUCGUUUCAAAAAAUUGAUGGAAGAUGAAUCCUACCGUACGUUGGUGUUAAGUAAACUUAAUAAAACCUUGGAUAAAAGAAUUGCUCCCGAUGAUCAUAUAGACGAUGUGUGCGUUCCUAAACCUAUUUGGAAGGGCAUGCUAAAGUGUUUGCAUGCUGUCACAGCUGGGUUAGAGAUGACUUUCGCUAAUUUUGGCUUGGGUGGGAUGGCUUCAGUAUUUCAAAUGAUGGAGAUCGCUCAUACGCAUUAUUGGACAAAAGAACUGAACGAUGCUAGUGAAAUGUCAUCUAGUCUUUUAUCUAGUCACGCUACCAGCCCUAUGGGCAGUCGAGAAAAUUUACGUUCUCCUGCCAGUCCUACGGGUUCACAAUCGGGUUUGGGCAGCGAAUGGGCCUCGCCGCAAGAAUCACGUAAAAGCUCUUCACACACCGAACGUUCAAUUCCGAUUCAAACAAAUGCAACGCGUAGACUUUCGACAGCCGACAGUCAAGAGGGUCAAUCCACGACGGAAAUGUUCAAGGAUAUGCUCGCUCAAAAGCGUACGGCAUUGCUUAGCAAACUCACAUCUUUCGAUUCGGAUGGUGCCGGCUCUACGGGAGCAUUGUCUGUUGUCAGUGAUCUACUACCAACUGGUAGUUUGAGCGUACGUAUGCCUACCAGUUGUCGUUCCACUGUAUCCGAUACUGAAUACGAAAAUACUACCACCUCGAAGGAAUCGAAACGCAGCUCAGGUAACAUGUGGACUGGUAAAUCGACUUUAAGCGCUGGCUUUCGCUAUACUGGCGGACAUUUAAUAAAUACGUCAUCUUCACCAUCACCCGACACACCACGCGUUUAUUUAUUCGAGGGCUUAUUGGGUAAAGAUCGUUCAAAUCUUUGGAAUCAAAUGCAAUUUUGGGAAGAUGCUUUCCUAGACGCUGUUAGUCAAGAACGUGAUAUGAUAGGCAUGGAUCAGGGACCAAUUGAAAUGAUGGAACGUUAUAAAGCCUUAAGUGAAUCGGAACGAAAACGUCUUGAACAUGACGAGGAUCGUUUAUUGUCUACCAUAUUGUAUAAUUUAACAGCUAUUAUGGUUAUGCUUAAUGUUAAUAAAGAAGAAAUCCGUCGUAAAAUACGUAGACUGUUGGGUAAAUCGCAUAUUGGGCUAGUGUAUGCUCAAGAAGUUCAUAAUGUUGUGGAUCAGAUAAAUAAUUUGAAUGGCAACGAUAUCGAUUUAAAGCCUUUAGGGUCACGUUUACUGCAUCGGCACAGCUUUACGGUACAUCAAGGUGUAGAUGCUUCGGGACCUUUACGUUUUAUGGAAGUAAGAGAUGACGGUUUGGUUUUGAGAUCAGUAGAUGGUACCAUAGUUGAACGUUGGUGGUAUGAGCGUUUAGUUAAUAUGACUUAUUCACCAAAAACUAAACUAUUAUGCUUAUGGAGACGGAAUGGUGGCCAAACUCAAUUGCAUAAAUAUUAUACCAGAAAGUGUAAAGAACUUUACAAUUGCAUUAAAGAGGCCAUGGAACGUGGUGGUACACCAACCAAUGUACCAGAAUUGGGUGGCGAGUUUCCUGUUCAAGAUAUGAAUACAGGAGAAGGUGGCUUACUUCAAGUAUGCUUAGAAGGAGUAGGUUUAUUGUUUGCCAACAGCAAGGACUUUGAGUUUUUCGUACGCCUGGAUCAUAUACGCAAAUGCUUCACCCAAAAAGGCGGUAUUUUUGUUUUGGAAGAAUACAAUCCCAAAACACGGCAACUCAUCCAGCGGAAAUACAAAUCGACAAUGGCUGAUCAGAUAUGCUAUUCGGUAUUGUGUGUAUUUUCGUAUGUGGCCGCCGGACAAGAUCAAAAUCAAAAGAAAAAUCCGGUGGUUAUAACGCCGCAGAUACAAGACUUAUAUGCGCAACAGAAACAGCAAUUGGCGCAACAACAGCAACAGCAGCAUCAACCGGCGAAAGAUAGCACUUCGCGUUCCAAAAUACAAACGAAACCACCGGUUGUAGCUCCGCAACAGAAUAGCAAUAAAAGUCAAACUUUGACUAUAAGGCAUGCAAUGGAGAUACAGAAACCUAGUAUUACCACCACAACGGUACAACCUCAGACAAAAUUGGUGCAUACCAGCGUCAAGACAUUUAAUAUGGCCACACCUAUGAAUACAAUAGCGCAAGGGAGCCCUAAUAUGCAGCAAACAUCCGAGUAUCAGUUGCAGCAAGAAAUAAACAAACAUCCACCAUUGGGUCCGCGUACGAGCGGUGGCAGUCAAACAGGGCCUUUACCACAAUUACCACCACGUAUACCCUCCCAAACGUCCACAGAAAAUUUAGCUACCUCACCGACUUUAUCUACUGGAUCUGCAGGAAAGAGAAGAGGGCCACCACCUGGCCCACCGCCAGCUAUUCCACCUAGAACGGGGGCUUUGGCGCGCAGUUGCUCCAUACAAGUAGCAACUACUGGUACUGGUAUAGCCACAAAUUCAGGUCCCGCUAGAGCGUUUGUGCGACAAAUUUCGGCCAAUUCAACGCCACCACAAUACACGCCGCAACCACCUCCACCAUUUGUUAUACCCAAACGUCACACCACCCUGUCACGUGCAUCUUCAGUAGCUACAUCAUCACUCACCACAUUAUCAGGAGUAGCCCCGUACUCAAACACUACUGCUGCUUUUAAUAGUGCAGUAACAACAAAUUUACAAACAUCUCAGUCACAACAACAGAAACGUCCAUCAUAUGGUAGUUUAAGUAUGGGCGCUUCGCAAUCUGCAACGCCCGCUUCGGCUGGCGGUAACAGGUCGAGUUCACCUCAAGCUCAUCGCAGACACUGACGAAGGAGUUCAUUUUUCAGAUUCUCAAGUCGUGACAAAAGUAACGGUGGUAGUGGCGGCGGCGGGAAUAGCAAUGUUGGUGAUGGCAGUGGUGGUGGUGGUGGUGGUGGUGGUACAACCGGCAAUGAACCUCACGGACGUGAAGUAUGUCGUACCAUUUGCAUGCCUUGGCUAUAAUAAUACUAUUGACCAUAAGAAAUUCAAAACAAACAAUAAUUUAACCUUAUUUUCGUUUUCAACUCUUGCCCGAAAUCGUUCAAAGAAAACUUAAAAGGAUAUAUCAUACAAAAAAAAAAUUAUUCUCUAAAGACAUAUUUCUUAUUCACAUAAGUGAACACUAUGUUUCUCCACAUACAUAGCCUUAAUACAGUUAAUAGAUACUAAAAAAUAUAAAGAAAACUUGAAAGCUUUAAAUUCUAAACAACAGCAACUACAACAAACAACAAAGCAUAACUUUAUUCAUAUAAAUAUAUAUAGUUUUCUUCCUCAUCAUCAAAAUCUUAUUUUCACACAAAUUAAACACAAAAGAAAAAAAAAAAAAAAAACGUAAGAAAAAU